AUGGGUUUGGCUUUGAUCCACAAAUCGGAAAAUAAGAAAAAAAAAAAAAAAAAGGUGUCGUCGAUGAUAUCGAUCAAGGCGGCAUUAAUCUCAACCGGAAUCGCCGCAAUGUCUCUGUUUCUGAAGUACUCUGUUCCAAUCGCAGUGGAUUUCUCCGUAUCGAGAUUCCCGAUCCUUUGGAGUUCGUUUCUCUCGUGGCUGAAACCGCCGUACAUCUUCGUCGCGUCCAACGUCAUAAUCACCAUCAUCAUAGCUUUCUCCAAGUUUCACCAGAGCAUCGAAGAAGACCAGGAGGAAGAAGGUCAUCAAGACGGCGAGAUUUUACACUGUGACGAAUACGAGUCUCAUCAGGUUGACACGAAGGAUGUGAAUCUGGACGCCGAUAUCGAUUUUGCGGUGAGAGUUCCACCGCCGAUCCUCGUGGCGGAGGUGGAGAGAUCGGAGGCUGUGUACGAAGAGAAAGAUGAGGAGAUCAACGGUGGAGAUGAGUUGAAAUCGGAGGUGAAUCAAGUGCUGCCUAAGAUUGAAGAAUCGGAGAAUCUCACUCCGGUUGAGAAACCUCUGGUUUCGGGUAGUUCCGGUUACCGGAAACCGGUUAAAGCGAUCUCGAAAGGCGGUAAUAAAAAGAAGAAGGCGUUGGGAGUGGUGAAACCGAAGCGGCACGAGACGAGUAGUGAGAACACGUGGAAGAUGGUAACGGAGGUGGGUAAGUCAACGUCGUUGACCACUCGUUUCCGGAGAUCCGACACGUUAGGGAACGGAGUCGGCGGCGAUGUGAAACGACCUGUCUUGAGGAAAGCGGAGACGUUUAGGGAUGUGACUAAUCAUCGACAGUCGUCGUCUAUGCAGCCGGUGAAGAUGAAGAUGAAGAAGGAGGUGUCGCCGAGCAGAGAUGAGCUGAAUCGAAGAGUUGAGGCUUUUAUAAAGAAGUGUAAGGAAGAGAGGUUCGAGUCUUUCAGAUUGGAGAAAGAGUUUGUGGCUUAAUUAGAAUGAUGUUGAGAUUAAUUAGCUUUUCGUCUUUAAUUAAUUAUCGUUUUUAAUCUCAAAUUACUUUUUGUAUGAGAAUUUUGACUUUUAAAAAUUUGGCAUUGAGCUCAAUUUGUGCUGGUCUUGUUUUGUUAUUGUUUGAAAUUUUGAAUCUUUUGUAUAAACAAAUGCAGAACAAUGGAAGUUUGAUUA